GAAAGAGAGACAGAUAGAAACAGCAAUGAGUAGAGACAAUCAUUGAUCUGCUGCCUCCUGCAUGCCCCACACCGAGAAUCUAAACUGCAACCUGCCCAUAUGCCCUGACCUUAUGGUUCAUACGUUCAAGCUCAACCACUGAAUCUUGCUGCCUAGGUCCUUCUGACUGUGUGUGAGGUGAGCUGAUUAACAAGCUGUGCUGACUUCUUUGAAGGCACAUUCUGUGACUCAACAUAUUGUCACCUGAGAAAACAUCUCAGACCCCGAUCAGGACCAGGACCAAAUGGCUGCUUCUCAGAGGUAUGGCACCUGAUGCGGACACAUUGACAUCACAAGUAAAAAAAGGACCGUUGACAUUCAGGGAUGUGGCCAUAGAUUUCUCUCAGGAGGAGUGGGAAUGCCUGUACCCAGCUCAGCGGAAAUUGUACCUGGAUGUGAUGUUGGAGAACUACAGCAACCUGGUCUCCGUGGCUAUGUCAUCUGAAGAUGAACAGGCCUUUUUGCCAAAGCCUGAACCACAAGAUGUAUGCUCUGAAAUAAUACUGGGUACAUAUACUGAAGACAGAAGUUAUCAAUGGAACGCAUAUUGGAAAACCGUUAAGCAAGAGCCAUAUCAUAAUAAUCAUUGGAGAAGUGAGCUUGCAGAGGAUCAUUAUGAAAGUGAAAAACUCUUUGACCAAAUGUCCAAUCAUAAUAUACAUCAAGUUAUUCCUAUUGUGGAGAUGAUACUCAAAGAAAGUAAAUGUGAGGAAUCUUUUCAGGAAUCUUCAAGUUACAUCAAACAAGAGGGUAUUCAUGCUGGGGAGGAGGCUUACAAAGGGAAUGCCUGUGGUAGAAUCUCCAGUCAAAUAUUCAAUCCAAGUAAACUGAAAGAAAUCCAUAGUGGAGAAGAACCUUAUGAAUGUAAAGGUUCUAGUAAAACAUCUAAUUGGCCUUCAGGUUGUACUCUAAAUCAGAAAUUUCAUACUGGAGAGAAGACUUACAAAUGUAAAGUAUGUGGCAAAGCCUUUAAUCACUCCUCACACCGUAAUCGUCACCAGCGUAUUCAUACUGGAGAGAAGCCUUAUAAAUGUGCAGAAUGUGGCAAAUCCUUUGGGUCAUCCCCACAACUUACUCUGCAUCAGAGAGUUCACACUGGAGAGAAGCCUUAUAAAUGUAGGGAAUGUGGCAAAGCCUUUGGAUGCUCCUCAGGCCUUAUUAAGCAUCAGAGAGUUCAUACUGGAGAGAAGCCUCAUAAAUGUAGAGAAUGUGGGAGAGCGUUCAGUGAGACCUCAGGCCUUAAGCGACAUGAGAGAGUUCAUACUGGACAUAAGCCUUAUAAAUGUAGAGAAUGUGACAAAGCGUUUAGCUACUCUUCAUCCCUUACUUCUCAUCAGAGAGUUCAUACUGAAGAGUGGCCUUAUAAAUGUAGAGAAUGUGGCAAAGUUUUAAGUAAGGCCUCAACCCUUACUGAACAUCAGAGAGUUCAUACUGGAGAGAAGCCUUAUAAAUGUAACGAAUGUGGCAAAGCCUUUAGUCAGUCCUCAACCUUUAAUAAACAUCAGAGAGUUCAUACAGGAGAGAAACCUUAUAAAUGUAAUGAAUGUGGCAAAGCCUUUUGGCAUUACUCGGGCUGUAUAAACCAUCAGAGAAUUCAUACUGGAGAGAAGCCUUUUAAAUGUAAUGAAUGCGGCAAAGACUUCAGGGAGUCGAGAAAACUUACUCGCCAUAAGAAAAUUCAUGCUCGUGCCCUAGGCGAUUUGGCUCAGUGGAUAGAAUAUCGGCCUGCAGACUGAAGGGUCCUGGGUUCAAUCCCAGCCAAGGGCACAU